AAGGAUUAUUAUUGGAUUUUUGUCACGUUUUGGGGGAUUUUAAUUCUUUUAUUUACUUCUGAUCUGCUGUUUCGCGCGGCAGACAGCAGAUCAAAAUGAAGUUGGUGGUGGUGUUUUUGCUCUUGAUGCUGUGGACCUGUGACUGUGCCAGAGUCGCAGAAACCCGAGAUGACAACGACAGCGUGUACGACCUUUUCGAGCUGGUGCAAGUGCCCAAGAAGAACCACGGAGUGACUUUGGUGAAGGGAGACGACCCGUACAGCCCUGCUUACAAAAUCAUUAACCCUGAGCUCAUCCCUCCUGUACCCGAACCCGCUUUUAGGGACCUUAUAGACACCAUCCACGCGGACCGGGGCUUCCUACUCCUGCUCAACUUCAAGCAAUUCAAACGCACCAGAGGAAGCCUGCUGACGGUGGAGAAAAAAGACGGCUCCGGUCCUGUUUUUGAGAUCAUCUCCAACGGGAAGGCCAAUACCCUCGACAUAGUUCUGUCCACGGAGAAUAAGCAGCAGGUGGUCUCCAUAGAGGAUGUGGAUUUGGCGACGGGGCACUGGAAGAACAUCACGCUGUUUGUGCAGGAAGACAGGGCGCAGCUGUAUGUAGGAUGCGUGGACGUGAACACGGCAGAAUUGGACGCGCCCAUUCAGAGCAUCCUGUCGCAAGAUACGCCCAAGCACGCCCAGAUGAGGAUCGGGAAGGGGGCGGUGAAGGACAGGUUUAUGGGGGUCCUCCAAAAUGUGCGCUUCGUCUUUGGCACAACCCUGGAUGCCAUUCUCCGCAACAAAGGCUGCCAGAACACUCUAACAAGUGGCACUUUGCUUUUGGAAAACAUGAAUGGAUCCUCUGCCAUCAGGACCGAGUUCACCGGGCACAAGACGAAAGAUCUGCAGAUGGUGUGUGGCUUCUCCUGUGAGGACCUCAUCAGUAUGUUCAAGGAGCUGAAGGGGCUGGGGGUGGUGGUGAAGGAGCUCUCCAACGAACUGCGCAGACUGACUGAUGAGAACAAUCUGAUCAACACCCGCUUUGGGAUUCACAGCGGCGUCUGCAUCCACAACGGCAUCGUGCACAAGAACAAGGACGAGUGGACCGUGGACAACUGUACCGAGUGUACAUGUCAGAAUUCGGCUACUGUGUGUCGUAAGAUCUCCUGUCCUCUGAUCCCAUGUGCAAACGCAACAGUUCCUGAUGGAGAGUGCUGCCCCCGCUGUGGCACACCGAGUGACUAUGCGGAGGACGGCUGGUCUCCCUGGUCUGAAUGGACACAUUGUUCGGUGUCCUGUGGGCAGGGCAUCCAGCAGAGGGGGCGGUCCUGCGAUCGUAUCAAUAACAACUGUGAGGGCACCUCUGUCCAGACCCGAGACUGCUACCUCCAGGAGUGCGACAAGAGAUUUAAGCAGGAUGGCAGCUGGAGCCACUGGUCACCCUGGUCCUCCUGCUCGGUCACAUGUGGUGCGGGUGUCAUUACUCGCAUUCGCCUCUGCAAUUCCCCCACUCCACAGCUAGGGGGCAAGGAGUGUGUCGGAGAGGGCCGUCAGACUGAGAAGUGCCAGAAGUCCCCGUGUCCCAUCAAUGGAGGUUGGGGGCCCUGGUCGCCGUGGGAUACCUGCUCACUCACCUGUGGGGGCGGAGUCCAGACCCGAAAACGUCUGUGCAACAACCCACCCCCCAAAUAUGGAGGUAAAGAGUGUGUGGGAGAGGCCAAGGACACUCAGAUGUGCAACAAGAAACCCUGCCCCAUCGAUGGCUGUCUGUCCAACCCAUGCUUCGCUGGAGCUAAGUGCACCAGCUUUCCCGAUGGUACCUGGAAGUGUGGAAAAUGCCCCGUCGGCUACACCGGGAAUGGCAUCAAAUGUAAAGAUAUUGAUGAGUGUAAGGAGGUACCAGAUGCCUGCUUCGAGUUCAACGGGGUCCACCGCUGUGAGAACACCGAGCCCGGGUACAACUGUCUGCCCUGCCCUCCCCGCUAUUCCGGACCCCAGCCGUUUGGCAAAGGCGUGGAGUAUGCAGCCGCUAAUAAACAGGUCUGUACUCCUCGGAACCCCUGUCUGGAUGGGAGCCAUGACUGUAACAAGAACGCACGCUGUAACUACCUGGGACACUUUGCAGAGCCCAUGUACCGCUGUGAGUGUAAGCCCGGGUACGCAGGCAAUGGCCACAUCUGUGGAGAGGACACUGAUCUGGACGGGUGGCCCAACGCGGACUUGGUGUGUGUGGAGAACGCCACCUACCACUGCAAGAAGGAUAACUGCCCUAACCUCCCCAACUCUGGACAAGAAGACUAUGAUAAAGACGGAAUCGGAGAUGCCUGUGACGAUGAUGAUGACAAUGAUGGUAUUCCUGAUGAUCGGGACAACUGCCCGUUCAUCUAUAACCCUCGUCAGUACGACUAUGACAGAGACGAUGUGGGAGACCGCUGUGAUAACUGCCCCUACAACAGUAACCCCGACCAGACCGACACGGACAACAACGGAGAAGGAGAUGCCUGUGCUGUGGACAUCGAUGGAGACGGAAUCUUGAACGAGAAAGACAACUGUCCUUAUGUGUACAACGUGGACCAGCGCGACACAGACAUGGACGGAGUGGGGGACAUGUGCGACAACUGCCCUCUGGAGCAUAAUCCCGAUCAGGUGGACUCUGAUGACGACCGUGUUGGGGACAAAUGCGACAGUAACCAGGACAUCGAUGAAGACGGCCACCAGAACAACCUGGACAACUGCCCGUACAUCCCCAAUGCCAACCAGGCUGACCACGACAAGGACGGCAAGGGAGACGCCUGCGACCAUGACGACGACAAUGACGGUAUCCCUGACGACAAGGACAACUGCCGUCUGGCCUUCAACCCUGACCAGCUCGACUCGGAUGGCGAUGGCCGUGGAGAUGCCUGCAAAGACGACUUCGACCAGGACAACGUGCCGGACAUCUACGACGUGUGUCCAGAGAACUUUGACAUCAGUGAGACGGACUUCAGAAAGUUCCAGAUGGUUCCUCUAGACCCCAAAGGCACCUCUCAGAUCGACCCCAACUGGGUGGUUCGGCAUCAGGGCAAGGAGCUGGUCCAGACUGUCAACUGUGAUCCAGGCAUCGCUGUUGGUUAUCACGAGUUCAACGCUGUGGACUUCAGUGGGACGUUCUUCAUUAACACGGAGAGGGACGAUGAUUACGCUGGCUUUGUGUUCGGGUACCAGUCCAGCUCCAGGUUCUAUGUGGUCAUGUGGAAGCAGAUCACCCAGACGUACUGGUCCAACAAGCCCACCAAGGCCCAGGGCUACUCCGGACUGUCUAUCAAAGUGGUCAACUCCACCACGGGCCCUGGAGAGCACCUGAGGAACGCCCUGUGGCACACCGGCAACACACCAGGACAGGUUCGUACUUUGUGGCACGACCCAAAGAACGUUGGCUGGAAGGACUUCACUGCCUACAGGUGGCAUCUGAUCCACAGGCCCAGAACAGGCCUUAUCAGAGUUGUAAUGUAUGAAGGAAAGAAGAUCAUGGCCGAUUCGGGCAGUAUCUACGACAAGACGUAUGCUGGAGGUCGACUAGGACUCUUUGUGUUUUCACAAGAGAUGGUUUACUUCUCAGACCUCAAGUAUGAGUGCAGAGAUGCAUAAACGGCGGGCGCAGGUUAGCUCUGAGGAAUGCACCUUCUUUUUUUUUUUCUUUUUUUUUUUACAAAUUUGGAACUUUUGUUGAACUGAUGCAAAGUCCAGGGACUAUUUCAUCUCUGCCACAAUUUUAUUUUAUUUUGAUUUGCUUCUUGCGGCACGCACACUCGGACAGGACAGGGUGGCCAUGGAGCUGGUUUGGACCAAACUGCUAGCCCCUCUUUAGCCUUUGGCAAAGAGAUCUACAACUUGGAUGCCCCGAUCCGGGUUGGAUGGUCCCUCAACAACUAUGCACUUCUCCACUUCAAAUAUGUCGUGACUUGUUUGCUGUUCAGACUGGAUUUCCCAAAGAGAAAAUAAUUCCUGCAUUUAAAUUAUAGAUUUCAAAAACUUUUAAGGAUGAAGAUGCGAAAACAUUUAUUUUGCCAAGAUUGAAAGUUGUGGUUUGGAUCAUGUAAGUGGUUGAAAACAAUUACUUAGUCAGAAGAUGUACUAUUGAGUAAUAUUUUUUUCUAUUUACAGUACUGUGCAAAAGUUUUAGAAGGAGUUUGCAAUUUUAGAAAAUUAUUUGAAAUUCAGAAAACCAUCAUCAUCCAUAUAUAUAUGUACAGAAGCUACAAACUUAACUCAUUGAUAAAAAUAAGUUGUACAUUUUUAUUGUGUACAGUUCUUAAAGUUAAACUUAAACUUUUUAAAAUAUUAAUAAUAAGUCAAAUGCCUUUUCAUUGACAAAAAAUAAAUAAAAUCUAAAACAAAAAACUCACUGGAUGACCAUAGCAUUUAACAAUAUAUAUUACUAUUACUAUUAUUACUAUUAUUUACAUUUAUUAUUACAUUUCAUCCACUUACAAUAAAAUAAUAUUUUUUCAGUUUCUGUUAAUUUAAUUUAAAUUUGUGGGGGGGGUUUAUUAUUUGUAAAUUUUGUUCAAUAUUUUCAUUGUUUGCUCUUUUUUUUUUUUUUUUAACAAACCUAAGACUUUUGCACAGUACCAUCCUCACAUAUGUGUGUCUCUUGGUUAGCCUGUUCAUUCUCAGGUAACAUCCUUUUCAACAAACACAAGUAUCUAAACUGUAGGGUUAGCUGACUCAAAGCCAGUGUUCCUCCUUCAAACAUUUGUCGACAUCCUCACCUCCAGAGGAUUUAAAAUUUGUGUAAAUACAUGUAAUUUAUUGACUCUUGUCUACAAUGUAGGCAGUUACGCAAAUAUGUUAUCUCCAAUAGUCAAAGUAACCAGGCACAGCAAUGGGAUUUGUACAAGGGCUGCAGGAUAUGACAACCUUAAAUACUGUAAUUAAAUAUAUUUUGGUGACAAUAUACCUUUUUUAUCAAAGCAGAUUCACCAAACAGGACCAGUUUCAAAAUCUGGUCCCUUUUUUGUCAUAUAGCAUUUUAUUUUUCAGUUAGCUUUACAAUUUAUUACAUACUUCCUUCAAUCGUCACCACAACCACACAUUUAUGCAUGGAAGGUGGUUGAAGCGUCUUGCCAAAGGACACAACAACAUAGUGCUCACGCAACAUUCAACCACUUACUUUCUGGUUAGUGGGCGAAGACUUAACAUCCUGCACCACUUCUACCUUAUUAUGUACUCAGUGCAUUUUCAUAGGAGUUAUUUGAACUGUUUAACUGUUUUAAUAUAUUUACUUUGUCGAUACUUCAUUGUCAUUUUCUUCAGUACGUUUGCAGCCCUGAUGUCUACUGCUGUCCUUUGCUUUAAAUAAUCGGCGAUCGGUUUGAAGUGUAAAAGUUGUGCCUUUUAUCCAGAUAGAAACACAAAAAAAUGAUGUACAAAUAUUACCUCAAUGCCGUUGUACAAUUUGAUCCAACAAAAACAACUAAGUACUUUUACAUUGUAGUGUUACUAAGCUGUAAAUAGUUUUUUAGACCUACGAAAAAACGCGCUUGUAUCCUCCUCCCCAUAUCAAAACGCUUUAUGCUGUUUUAGCCGGUAAGUUAUUGGUCUUUCGUGUUAGCUGUGUGUGUGACUGAGAGUGAGUGUAGAUUUUGCUAUUUAAAUAAUUUAUCAGAAUUUGGAGUUGCAUGAGGCUUGUGUCUGUAUGUAUAACGGUUUGCACAUUGACAUUCGGUUUGUUUUUUCAUUUUUUUCUUAUUUUGUGUGUGCGUGUUGCCAUGUUUUUGUACCAUUAGUUUUCUCGUCUUUGAGCUGUACAAAGCGAAAUGCUGUUGUUUUUAUCUAUAGUGAUUAUUUUGUUACCUACUUCAACAAGACAAUAAAUAGUUGUU